AUGGCCUCCCUAUCCCCUCUCCUUGCAGUGAUAUUGCUUUCAUCUUCUCUAACAUACAUUACUUAUUCCUCCUCCACUUUGGAAGCGGCCGACGACACUACUCCACAACCAUGGAUAUCUGCCUCCAGCAAUCCGAAGCCCACCAACAACAUUUUGAAUGUAAUAGACUCAUGCUGGCGCACCAAAUCAAAUUGGGCUGCCGACCGCCGCGCUUUGGCUGAUUGCACAGUCGGCUUUGGCAAAGAUGCAAUCGGAGGAAAACUUGGGGAAAUAUAUGUCGUCACCACCCCGGAUGACGACCCAAUAAACCCUAAACCCGGCACACUUCGAUACGGUGUUAUCCAAGAUGAGCCACUUUGGAUCACUUUUGCCGAGGACAUGGCGAUUAAACUCGAGAACGAGCUUCUUGUGAACAGUUACAAGACCAUAGACGGGAGAGGGGCUAAAGUGGAUAUUGCAAAUGGACCAUGCAUCACGGUGCAAAACGUUAGCCAUGUUAUUAUACAUGGGAUUAGCAUUCAUGACUGUAAGCCAGGGAAAGCUGGCCUUGUUAGGAGCAGUCCAACGCAUGUUGGAGAUCGUCAGGGCUCGGAUGGAGAUGCCAUCUCUAUCUUUGCAUCUUCGCAUGUCUGGAUCGACCAUUGCUUUCUUUCACGUUGCACGGACGGCCUCAUUGAUGUAAUCCAUGCUUCGACUGCUGUCACCAUCUCCAACAACUACUUCUCCCAGCACGAUAAAGUCAUGCUGCUGGGACACAACGAUAAAUUUAGUGCAGAUAGAACUAUGAGAGUCACAGUAGUCUUUAACCGUUUUGGGGCUGGCCUUAUUGAGAGGAUGCCUAGGGUAAGGUUUGGAUAUGCCCAUGUCGCCAACAACAAGUAUGAAGAGUGGCUUAUGUAUGCUGUUGGAGGCAGUGCUGAUCCGACCAUCCUCAGCGAAGGAAACUACUUUAUCGCUUCUAGCACUUCCUUUGCCAAACAGGUUACCAAGAGAGAGGCAGGUGGUGCUUGGAAGAACUGGAAAUGGAGGUCAUCUAGAGAUGUGUUUGUCAAUGGUGCUUAUUUUGUUCCAUCUGGGUGGGGAAGUUGCUCUCCAGUUUACACUCGAACUCAAUCAUUUGACGUUGCUCAUGGAUUAAUGGUCCCUGCCUUGACUUCUGAUGCUGGUCCUCUGGAGUCCUGCGUUGUGGGUAAAGCUUGCUAA